AUGGCGGCAGCGCGUUUCGACUCGUCGGAUCGCUCGGCCUGGUACGUGGGGCCCGUGUCGCGGCAGGAGGCGCAGAGCCGGCUGCAGGGCCAGCGGCACGGCGUGUUCCUAGUGCGGGAUUCGUCCACCUGCCCCGGGGACUACGUGCUGUCUGUGUCCGAGAACUCGCGCGUGUCCCACUACAUCAUCAACUCGCUUCCCAGCCGGCGCUUCAAGAUCGGGGACCAGGAGUUCGAGCACCUGCCGGCGCUGCUCGAGUUUUACAAGAUCCACUAUCUGGACACCACCACGCUGCUCGAGCCCGCUCCCAGGUAUCCCAGCCCGCCUAUGGGCUCUGCCUCAGCACCCAACCUGCCUCCCACAGAAGAAAAUGUGGAAUAUGUACGGACUCUCUACGAAUUUUCUGGGAACGACCCCGAAGAUCUGGCAUUUAAGAAGGGCGAGAUCUUGGCCAUCGUGGAGAAGCCCGAGGAGCAGUGGUGGAGUGCCCGCAACAAGGAUGGGCUGGUUGGGAUGAUUCCUGUGCCUUACGUAGAAAAGCUCGUGAGAUCUUCCCCGCAUGGGAAGCACGGAAAUAGGAAUUCCAAUAGUUAUGGGAUCCCUGAACCCGCUCACGCCUACGCCCAGCCUCAGACGGCGAAUCCUCUCCCUUCGGUGUCCAGUCCUCCUGGGGCAGUGAUGAGCCCCCUGCCCUCCACCCAGAAUGGACCUGUCCUGGCAAAAGCAAUUCAGAAGAGAGUCCCCUGCGCUUAUGAUAAGACUGCCCUGGCCUUGGAGGUUGGCGACAUUGUGAAAGUUACAAGGAUGAACAUCAACGGUCAGUGGGAGGGAGAAGUCAAUGGCCGCAAAGGGCUCUUCCCUUUCACACACGUCAAGCUCAUUGAUGCUCAGAAUCCGGACGAGAGCGAGUGAUUCCUGUUAGCCGUCGUAUGCUGCUGCUGCUGCUUCAUGCUCUGGCUCUCAUUAGUAGCAUCCUCUGAAAUGGGAUUCCAUUCUCUCUCCCAGGCAAGCUAGGGAGCGUAGCCCAGCUCUCCAGCUUGCUUCAGUUUGAUGGUUUCUUUCUGCACAUCUGGAAUGCACACGGCUGGCAGUCUUUGGGCAUCUGUAUCAUCACGGGAUUGACUCAGACUUAGCCAUUGUCCGACCUUUUUGGAUCUUAAGCUGGAAAGCCCUGGUGGAAGCACACGGACAGGCAAAAACAUUGAAGAGGAGGAAGGAGUCUCUUUCCCCCACUCAGAUGCUCCCUCCGUUUCAUCCCAUUGAACUCACUUGGAGAAAGAAAGCAUCUGAGAAUUAUACUUGAACUGGGCGCACCGCUUCUCCUCAGAGCAAUACUCAUUGUGCCGUCUUGGGCUUUUUGGCAAGGGGAGAUGGUGGAACUCUCCAGGAAGAGGGGAGAGUUCUGGCCUGUCCCAGUAAAGGCUGAACUGGGUCUUGGGAAAGGACGAGGCACUGGCGUGUGCAUUCUGAACAGUCACCGAUGACAGGAAAGAACUUUGGAGCCGAGGCCUGUCUUUAUACCAUGUCUUCACUGUAAAUGGUUGCCUGUUUUGCCAUGUGCUGAGCAACAAAAUCCUAUUUAAUUCCAUCUUUACAAGCACUGUAAAACCACACGCGCACACACACACACACACACACACACCCAUUUUAUUUUAUUGUUUUGGUCUGCUUUCAAUGAAUGCCCACUCUAAAGGAGAACCAGGAGCCACUUCUGUAAACGAGAUUGUUUUCAGGACCUCCGAUUUGAGUCCACCUUCACAGCCUUUGUCCUUGCCCUUGGAAGGGGCUGGAGAGAGCAGGCCAGGCAGGCUCCAGGCUAUAUCGGGGCUGCACUGUCACCAGCUGGGAGACAACUGGGGCUCCUUGAAGCAGGCUCAUGGGGUGCAGGAAAGGCCGGGAGAGGAAGAGCGGGUACUUAGCAGACCAGCCCCACCCACAGAGCUUUGUUAGGUCACUCAUGGCAGUAUCACGAAGCAUUCAGACUCCAUCUUGGGAAAUUUUCACUUACUUACAGAAACACAAACUUGACGAUAGAGAAAGCCCCUUCGGUAGUGAAUGGAUCUUGUGGUGGGCCCUCCCUACGGCCUUUUUCAGCCUUUCUAUAUUAGUGUGUUCUGUGUUGUUGAGCCAAAGCUCUUAGGCUUACGGAAUGUUAGAACUGGAAGAGACACAGCAUGCAGACUCCUCCGCUACAAGCCGCCCAGGUCACUUCUCCACACGAGGAAACCAAGGCUGGGCCCCUGAGUCAGGUCUGCCUCCCAGUGCUUCUCUGCCCUCCCGCAACACACUGCCUCUCUUAGUGACCGCCCACACCCCCAUGGGACGGAAGACAGGGCUGCCCGACUGCCCGAUGGAUGGGGUUGUGCUCGUGAACAGAAUGAAGUGACUUCACCGUGGGCUGUGAGCGGGACGGCCUACUUCAGAAAUGCCUUCUCUUCAUCUGAUGAUUCCACAACUACUUGAAGCUAUGUAGCAAUCUGUCCUACUGCAAAAAUGCCCUUUGUGGCGCCCCUCGUUCUGCCAUUAACAUCCAGCCCAAAGCACAGGCGUCCUCAGCCGACGGCCACCCCUUUUCCUGCCUUCGCUGGUAGACUUGUCUGGGGUCGCGCUUGCCAAAGAGGCCUCCUGACUGACCCUGGCAUUUGGGAAAAUGGGCAGGCCUGCUCUUUGUCAGCUCUUGCAAGACAAAGAACUAAGGUGUAGACUAUACUUAGCUCCGUUUAGCAGCAAGCCCGUUCCCUUCAGGAGUUAAGCAUUCUAGGGCCUCUCUUCCUUUGAACUGCUCUUCCUAGGACUCAUCUUCUUGUCCUAUAUGGGCUGAUGUAGGUCACUGAGGCAUAGAUCAAAACAUUAGGAGGGCAAGGGCCUCUCCCCGUAUUUAUUCUUUACACUAAAAUGCAUGGAUUCGCAGAAGGAAGGGUGCUGCCCAGAGAGGACGAUCCAGUAUCAAGGAAGAGAACACAGUCACUUUGUUCUUCCCCUUUUAGAGUCCAGGGCCAUUACAACUGGACUGGGCUCUAGAGGAGAAGCGGGUCAGUGGAGCAGAACAAGUUCUAGGUUCAGAUCUUACCCCUGCUGCUCUCUGGCUUGGUGACUUAGGAUGAGUCCCUUCCCCUCUUUGGGCCUUGGUUUCCUCCUCUGUAAAGUGAGGAGAUUGGACUGUUGAAGACCUCUUAGUGGCCCUUCCAGCUCUUCAAGUCUUCUGAGCCUGUGCUCCUAAACAGCUGCCCAGGACGUGAACGAGAUGAGCCCCCCAUGCUCGCCCCCAGCUUGCAGGCUAGGCUUCCUGAAGGUGGGCAUCCUGGGUUACCCUGCCUGCCCUGAGGUUUGUUCUCUGCCCUGGGAGGAUUGCAUGCGCUCCAUGGGCAGGGGUUUCCCCUUGAGCUGCUCCUCGUACUGUUUGCUCCCAUCCCUGCUUUGUCUUUGUCACCCCAAUCUUUGGAUGUCCUGUGAGCCAUCACUGCGGUCUGUUUGUCCUUUGGUUUUGCAGGCAGUUGGUGGAUUCCGAGGCCAUUUGGUUCAAUGCACUGUUAAGGGCUCAUGCUCCACCCUUGUUUUUCUGUCAUUCAUUGAAUUGUGAGUGUGGCUGCUGGGGUUUUCAGCCUCAGUUGCCUCCCUGGGCCCUGGAGGUGAGGUGGGCAGUGUCAUCUGGCUGGGGUCAUUCAUCCCAUGUGCCAGCCUUUUGUGAUUCUGGGUCAGUCCAAAGGGGGCUUCUUCCCCUUUCUCCAGGCCCAUUGCGCCCUGCCUCCAUGCUCAGACUUAUUCUCGACCACUUACAACUGGUCAAGUACUUUCUAAAGACAAUAUAAAUGUGGAAGCAGCCCCUGGAGGGCCCGCCAAGAUGAAUCUUCCCAAGUGUCUCUUGGGAAGGAGGCGGCCGUUGACUUUGGUUUUAACCCAGUAUUCACCACUAACACUUCCUGUAGACUGAGUGGAGAGAGCUGCCUGAAGUCUGGCUUAGGGAGGAGCGGAGGAGCCCAGGAGAAAGAAGCUCAUUGUGUGCAGCUCACCCUAGGCUGCCACCACUUGUGCCUGAGCAGGAGACGAGCGAUCCCUCUGCAGGAGGGACGGCAGCCUUGCUUCAGAGACAGUCGUCACCGUGUUCUCCAGCCCCUGCAGGACAGAUGACUCUUUGAACCUGUAACUUAAAAAUCAUGAAUUUCAGGCAAUAAUAUUUUCUCUGUAAGCUUUUAAAAUUAUUUUUGGGGGAUCAUAGCUUGUUUUAUUUUGUGCUAUAAAAUUAACAGUAUUAAAUG